UCAAAGCUCCAGGCGCCGGAGACAACGUGCAACUUCAUGGGUUUUGCGAUGCAUCCCAAAAUGCUUACGGAGCUUGCAUCUACUUGAGAAGUGUCGGAAGAAGUGGUGUCGUCACAACCCGUCUCCUAACCGCCAAAUCCCGAGUAUCUCCUAUCCAAACCUUAUCAAUUCCCCGGCUAGAGCUCUGCUCUGCUGUCCUCCUCAGCCAACUGUACCAAACUGUUAUGUUAAGCCUCAACAUAAAUGCUAAUGCUUAUUUUUGGUCUGACUCUUCAAUCACUCUCCAUUGGCUGUACAACCCACCGUCCAACUACAACACUUUCGUGGCAAAUCGUGUCGCGGAGGUGCAGCGACUCACUGAAGGAGGCACUUGGAAUCACGUCGCCGGUCUGGAGAACCCGGCCGAUCUCAUCUCGAGGGGUGUCGAUCCCUGCGAGCUCGUCAACAACGCACUAUGGUGGAAGGGUCCACCGUGGUUAACGUCCGAUCCAGCGGAGUGGCCAAGUAUGUUUCCAGUCCAAGACGCCUGUGAAUUUCCUCCCGAAGUUCUCGAGGUGAAGCUUCGUACGCUUGCAGCCGUCACUCGAUCCACCGAAGCUCCCGACCGCACACUGUUCACCCGCUACUCGUCACUAACGAGACUCACCCGCAUCGCUGCAUAUUGCCGCAGAUUUGUGCGGUACUGUCGGGCCAAUCUCGCUGGAUUCCACCUACAAGCUAUUCCAUACCUUACCUCAGCAGAACUCCUUCAAGCACAAGAAGGCCUUGUGAAAGUUGUGCAAAAUGAGUGCUUCAGCCAAGAAAUCGCUAUGCUUCAGGCCAGAUGCGAAGCGGAUCUCAAGAAAUCCCCAUUACGUACCUUGAAUCCCUUCAUCCACGAUGAUGUACUUCUGGUCGGUGGCCGGCUGAACCACUCUUCAUAUUCGUUCACGCGCAAGCAUCCAAUGCUUUUGCCUGCAGCGCAUCCGUUCACUUCACUGCUCGUUGAUUCGGUGCACAAGCAGCUUCUCCACGCUGGACCGCGUGCGAUGAUCGCACACAUCCGUGAACAAUAUUGGCCAUUAAACCUCCGUAACCUGGCACGGAGACACGUCAAAUCCUGCUUGCGUUGUUACCGCACACGACCACAAGCAGAACACCAGCUGAUGGGCCAACUUCCGAAAGUUCGCAUCACUCCGGCCCGUGCGUUCCUCAACACGGGCGUUGACUUCUGUGGUCCCGUUUGGCUGAAGGUACCAGUACGUCGAACGAAACCAGCUCCACCGAUCCGAGCAUACGUCGCUGUAUUCGUAUGUAUGGCUACGAAGGCCGUACACCUCGAAUUGGUUGGCGAUCUCAGCUCCGAAGCCUUCAUCGCAACGUUGAAACGGUUCGUUGCACGGCGAGGCAAGCCAAUCGCCCUGUUCUGUGACAAUGCCACCAACUUCAAGGGCGCAGACAGGGAACUCCGAGACCUCUGCAAGCAACUCAACGACCAACAACUACGACUGAAGAUAGCAUCGUUCUGCGCUGAAUCAUCCAUCCAGUUCAACUUCAUCCCCGCGAACGCUCCGACAUUCGGCGGCCUUUGGGAGGCCGCAGUCAAGGCUUUCAAGCAUCACUUUCGGCGAGUCGUCGGCUUGGAAUCCCUGUCAAGCGAUGUAAUGUGUACCAUCCUCUGCCAGAUAGAGAGCUGUCUCAACUCUCGGCCACUGACCGCCCUAUCUGAAGACCCAAGUGACACGGAAGCUCUCACACCGGGACACUUUCUGGUCGGAUCAGCUCUCCAAUCAAUCCCGAAGCCCGACUUUGCCCAAGUUCCCAACAACCGGCUUUCGCUUUGGCAGGAGGUGCAGCGCAGAACCCAAACCUUUUGGAAACUCUGGUCGGCGGACUACCUUCAUCAACUACAGCAGCGUUCGAAACACUACUACCGGCAGCCGAAUGUUCUGGUCGGCAAGCUGGUACUCCUGAAGGACGACAACCUACCACCGCUCAGGUGGAGCAUGGGUCGAAUCGAAACCGUCCAUCCCGGUGCGGAUGGCCUCGUCCGUGUGGUGACCGUCAGACUGGCAUCCGGCGCAGUCUUUGACCGACCGAUCGUGAAGAUCUGCCUGCUUCCCAUCGACGAUGACGCAAGAUCCACCUCCACUUCCGGCGAAGUGCCUGGUGACCCUGACGACAAUGCAGCGCCCGCUGCCAACCCAGAUGAUUGA